CCGAUAUCUCCAACGAAAAACAAAUCCUAAAAUUUACAUAUAAUUUUCUCAACAAAGAGAGAGAGAGAAAAGACAAGAACACAAGAAUGUUGUGUGGAGACAUGAGAGGUGUACUCUUCUCCGUCUUACUUCUGUUCCCUGCUUUCUCAUUCUCUGCCAACACUUUGUCGGCCACCGAAUCUCUAACCAUCUCAAGCAACAAGACCAUUUCGUCUCCUGGUAACAUUUUCGAGCUUGGUUUCUUCAAACCCUCUUUGUCUUCUCGUUGGUAUCUCGGGAUAUGGUACAAGGCAAUCUCCAAGAGAACCUACGUUUGGGUCGCAAACAGAGACCAUCCUCUCUCCACUUCCAUCGGAACUCUCAAAAUCUCCGACAGUAACCUCGUCGUUGUCGAUGGUUCCGACACAGCUGUUUGGUCGACGAAUCUUACCGGAGGAGGAGAUGUGACAUCUCCGGUGGUUGCAGAGCUUCUUGAUAACGGUAACUUCGUUCUCAGAUACUCUAACGACGACAACGCAGACGGAGUUUUGUGGCAGAGUUUUGAUUAUCCGACAGAUACUUUACUCCCGGAGAUGAAACUCGGCUGGGAUCUCAAAACCGGGUUUAACCGGUUCUUGAGAUCUUGGAAAAGUUCAGAUGAUCCAUCAAGCGGCGACUUCUCGUUCAAACUCGAGACCAGAGGGUUUCCGGAGGCUUUCUUGUGGAACAAAGCGACGCGAUGUACCGGAGCGGUCCGUGGAAUGGAAUCCGGUUUAGCGGUGUACCGGAUGCAGCUGCUGGACUACAUAGAGUUCAACUUCACAGCGAGUGAUCAAGAAGUGACUUACUCAUUCCAAAUCACCAAAAACAACAUGUACUCGAGGUUAAGUUUGAGUUCCACGGGGUUGUUACAACGGUUCACUUGGAUUGAAGCAGUGCAGAACUGGAACCAGUUCUGGUUCGCACCAAAAGACCAAUGUGAUGAGUACAAAGAGUGUGGAACUUUCGGUUACUGCGAUUCCAACACGUAUCCGGUUUGUAACUGUAUGAGAGGGUUUCAGCCGAGGAAUCCACAGGCGUGGGGGUUAAGGGAUGGGUCUGAUGGUUGCGUGAGGAAGACGGCCUUGAGUUGUGACGGUGGAGAUGGGUUUGUGCGGUUGAAGAAAAUGAAAUUGCCGGAUACUGCGGCGACUAGUGUGGACAGAGGAAUAGGUAUUAAAGAAUGUGAAGAGAAGUGCAAAAAUGAUUGUAAUUGUACGGCGUUUGCUAAUACGGAUAUCCGAGGUGGUGGAUCGGGUUGCGUUGUGUGGACCGGAGAGAUUUCUGAUACCCGGAAUUAUGCUAAGGGUGGUCAGGAUCUUUACGUUAAGUUGGCUGCUAGUGAUCUCGAGGACACGACGAACCGAAAUGCAAAAAUCAUUGGCUCAUGCAUUGGAGUGAGCGUUUUGCUUCUUUUAUGUUUCAUCAUCUUUCGUCUUUGGAAAAAGAAGCAGAAGCGAUCAAUAGCAAUUGAAACACCCUUUGGUGAUCAAAUGAGGAGCCAAGAUUUGCUAAUGAACGAAGUGGUAAUGCCUAGUAGGAGACAUAUAUUUAGAGAAAACAAAACAGAUGAUCUCGAACUGCCAUUAAUGGACUUUGAAGCUGUUGCCAUUGCCACUGACAAUUUCUCAAAUGCUAACAAGCUCGGUCAAGGGGGUUUCGGUAUAGUUUACAAGGGAAGGUUACUUGACGGGCAAGAAAUCGCUGUAAAAAGACUUUCGAAGAUGUCGGUGCAAGGGACAGAUGAGUUCAAGAAUGAGGUGAAACUCAUUGCAAGGCUUCAGCACAUAAACCUUGUCCGUCUUCUUGGGUGUUGCGUCGAUGGGAGUGAGAAGAUGUUGAUCUACGAGUAUUUGGAGAAUCUUAGUCUCGAUUCUCAUCUCUUUGACAAGACUCGAAGCUGUAAGCUAGACUGGGAGAAGAGGUUUGAUAUAACGAAUGGUAUUGCUAGAGGACUUCUUUAUCUUCACCAAGAUUCACGGUUUAGGAUUAUCCAUAGAGACUUGAAAGCGAGCAAUGUAUUGCUUGAUAAAGAUAUGACUCCAAAGAUCUCGGAUUUUGGGAUGGCUAGGAUCUUUGGACGUGAUGAGACAGAAGCUAAUACGAGGAAGGUGGUGGGAACUUAUGGCUAUAUGUCCCCGGAAUAUGCGAUGGAUGGAAUAUUCUCUACAAAAUCUGAUGUUUUCAGCUUCGGUGUUUUGCUUCUUGAGAUCAUAAGUGGCAAGAGGAACAAAGGAUUCUACAACUCUGACCAUGACCUUAAUCUUCUUGGUUGUGUGUGGAGGAACUGGAAAAAAGGGAAAGGGCUAGACAUCGUUGAUCCAAUCAUCUUAGAUUCUUCACCAUCAACGUUCCGUCCACUUGAAAUCUUAAGAUGCAUUAAGAUUGGCCUCUUGUGUGUUCAAGAACGUGCAAGCGACAGACCAACGAUGUCGUCGGUAGUUAUGAUGCUAGGAAGUGAAACAACGGCUAUUCCUCAGCCUGAACAGCCAGGUUAUUGCGUUGGGAGAAGUCCUCUUGACACUGAUUCAUCAUCGAGUAAUCAGCGGCAUGAUGAAUCUUGGUCUGUGAACCAAAUGACUGUAUCGGUCAUUGACCCUCGGUGAUCUGAGCGUCGCUGAGUCAAUCUGUAUUGUCAAAAAUGAUUAAGACAAGUGAUACAAGUAUCGACUGUCUAGCAUUGUUUGUAACUUGCAUAGUAUUUUUCUAUGUAUGUCUCAAUAGGAAAGAUUGAUUACAUGGUCCAAUUUUCCUUUUUAUUUUAAAAUGACUAGUAGAUUAUAUUAGAACUAGAUCCGAACUAUGUUAAAUUAAUUUUCA